AAUCAGUGCAAUGCAUCAGGAUGGAGGUGGUGGGAAGCUCCAUACUCUGUGAGCAGGUCACCAAGUGGUUCACUGGGUUUAAUUCGUACUAAUAGGAUUACUUGUCACAAGCUGGGAUGGUCAGGACAGCAUCUCAUCUAUUCACAGCAAGCCCUGCAGAAUUGCGUCCACGGCUAUGUUUCAUCAUUCGCAUUUGCUUUCAUGAACGACUGCAAAAUCUACCAGUAAUCAGACCAUCUAUGGGGUAAUGUAUUGAUAUUUAAAUGGUUUAGCAACAGCCGACUGCAAUGGGACUUCUGGAUAAGCUGUCCGGCUGGCUCGGCCUGAGGAAGAAAGAAGUCAACGUUUUGUGUUUGGGACUGGACAACAGCGGCAAAACUACCAUAAUCAACCAACUCAAACCGGCUAAUCAUCCAAAUCAUUUAGGUCCAUUGUCAGAAGAGUGGAAACAUGUUAGUCAGACACAGGCGCAAGAGAUCGUCCCGACCAUCGGCUUCAACAUUGAAAAGUUCAAGAGCUCAAGCUUAUCAUUCACAGUCUUUGACAUGUCUGGCCAGAGCAGAUACAGAAGCCUAUGGGAGCAUUAUUAUAAGGAGAGCCACGCCAUCAUUUUUGUCAUCGACAGCAGUGACAAACUGAGGAUGGUUGUUGCCAAGGAGGAGUUGGAUACUUUCCUCAAUCAUGAUGAUAUCCGCGGCAAAAAGAUGCCCGUGCUGUUCUUCGCUAACAAGAUGGAUCUGCGAGACGCAAUGUCUUCUGUCAAAGUGUCACAGAUGUUAGGUUUGGAGAACAUCAAAGACAAGCCCUGGCACAUCUGUGCCAGCAACGCCAUCAAAGGAGAGGGCCUGCAGGAGGGCUUGGACUGGCUGCAAGAUCUUAUCAAAACAAUGAACAAAUGAAUGACCACAACUGACUGUGGACAGAUGGACAUGGAACCAGGAACUCUCCCACGGCGGACAUGCUCAUCAUAAAGGAUGUAGGCCUUAAACUUUUAUGUCAAGUAGCCGAGCACUUCCUGUCUGUGCUGCACCUUCAGAUUAUGUACUUGAAUUAAAAUAACUGUGUUAUGGAUGCAAGACCCCGUCCCCCGUCCCCCGCUCCACCAACCCAAUAGGUACUUUUUUGUUUCUGUAUACAGUAACUUUUAAAUAUUUUGUAUUUGUGGCUGCUUCUUUUUUAUUCUACCACACACGCUUCAUUCAUUUCAUCCACAGAACAGCCUUUUUUUGAAAAACGCUGUCACUGCUGAUUGUUGCCCUUAUUGGAGAUCAAUAAAAGCUUGUUGCC